AUGUCGUCUACGGAAUCUAUAGAGCUCACUCAUAUUAGACAUGCCAAUUCGCAAGCUUCUUUUACGGUAAUAAACUCGUCUUCAGGAGCAGUUGACAUUUCUGAAGAAAGCAUAGCAAUACAACGACAAGAGGUUGACGGAGAAGAAGAAUCAGAAGAUGAAUAUUAUCCUGAAGGAGGAUGGAGAGCAUACUUGGUGAUUUUCGGCUCGUUUUUGGGGUUGAUAGUCAAUUUGGGUGUCAUCAACUCCAUUGGUGCCGUUCAAGCAUAUGUCUCUACCCACCAGUUAGCACUCGUAGAUGCAACUUCUAUCUCGUGGAUUUUUUCCAUCUACUUGGCUUUGGCUUAUGCCUUGGGAAGUAUUGUUGGACCUAUCUUUGACAGACGAGGACCCCUAGAGCUUCUUAUUGCUUCAACAUUAUUGAUUUUUGUUGGUUUAAUGGCAUCUGCCAACAGUACGAAAGUGUACCAUUUUAUUCUCAGUUUCGUAGCUUUAGGAGUUGGUAAUGGUAUAGGUAUGACUCCUUUGAUAGGGGUCAUCAGCCACUGGUUCAAUAAGAAGAGAGGAAACUUUACCGGUAUUGCCACCAGCGGGGGCUCUGUAGGUGGAUUGGUGUUUCCGUUGAUGCUUAGACACACUUAUGCUCAAUAUGGAUUCGUCUGGGCCAUGAGAAUAUUUGCUUUCGUAUGUUUGGGAUGUAUGGUGUUAUCUAUAUUCUUGGUGAAGGGCAGAUUCAAGCGUGAAUCCAAAAAACACGAUGUUCAAUACUUCAAAUCCAAGUGGAAUAAUGGUAUAGAGAAUUUCCUGAUUGCAAAUGUGUGGGCAGCAAGCACAUCUAAGUUUGCUUUUCUAAUUGCUGGAGCUUUUUUUGGCGAAUUAUCCUUGGUAUUGCUUCUUACGUAUUUUGCAACUUAUGCUAUGGCUCAAGGUGUAUCCGAAGCCAACUCUUUAUUGCUACUUACCGUGUGGAAUGCAACAGGUAUUCUUGGAAGGUGGAUACCAGGUUAUCUUUCGGAUUAUGUUGGUCGCUUCAACAUCAAUAUUUUAAUGCUUUUCAGCUUCAAUGUUAGCAUAUUUGUCUUGUGGCUACCAUUUGGGUCUAGUUUGAAAGUUCUAUUUGCAUUUGCCGCUAUCGGUGGCUACUGUCUGGGGUCUAUUCUCAGUCUUCUUCCUGCUUGUUUGUCUCAGAUUACUCCAGUCAAUGAAAUAGGCACCAAGUAUGGUUUUUUGAAUACGAUUUUGAGUAUCGGUAACUUAGUUGGUCUUCCAAUAGCGAGUGCAGUGAUACAGAAUGGAAGCACCCAUAACUACAAUAACUUUGUGGUAUUUGUAGGUUUGCUAUCUGUAUUGGGUACAGUCUUUUGGUAUACUAGUCGUUUCAUGAUCGUAGGAAACAGACUAAAUGUUAAAGUAUAA